AUGGGGCCGAAGACCCCCAUCCGCAGCCUUGGUGAGGCCUCGUCCUUCACCGUGCAGAUGCGAAGCUUUCAAGGACACGUCUGCACCGGCCCAGCGGGGGUGCGUGUGCGUGAGUGUGUCCGCGUGCGUGUGAGUGUGUACGGGGGGGAGGCUGGGUGCUGCUGCAGGGGGCGACCCCGGGCGCCCCCCAACCCCGUACCGCUCUGGGCCCCGGCCCCGCGGCUACCACCCCUGCGUUUUCCGGCCCCCGCGGCCCGGGCCCGGGAUCUUCGCCCGCCCCCGCCCCGCCCCCACACUGCGGCGCCGCCACCGCCGCCGCCGCCGCCGCCGCCGCCCCGGCUCCCACGGCCCACGGCGGGGGCAGGGAGGAGCCAGGCACGAUGUCCCCCCCGCGCGCCGCCCGGCUCUCCGCGGAUAGGUGUGCCCCCCAAGUGGCACUCUCCCCACCCCCGCCGCCCCUCCCUGAUCCGCUGGCACCCCGCACCCCCAGCCACAGGUGGCCGGAGGAGGAUCGCUGCGAAGCGCUCCCCGGCCCGGCCCCCGGAUCACCCCUCGGCCCGCCCCCGGGGGCCUCCCGGGUCCCCCGCCCCGCCGGGCCGAGGAGGGCCGGGAGCCGGGGGGAGGGGCGGGGGGCCGGGUCGUGCCAGGCUGCCAUUUUCUGCCGCCGCCGCGGAGCCUGCGCGGGGCCCGGCCCCCGCCCCCCUCCCCCGCUCCCUGCGGGCCGCGGCGGGAGCCGAUUAUUCCGGGUCGGGGUCUGCGCCCUCCAGCGCCCCGGCCGCAGGCCCCAGGCGGGGCCCCGGGACUCGGGCAGGGCCCGGAAGGCGGGGGCGGCCAGGCCGGGGCCCCUGCGGCAGCGCCGAGCCGGGCACCGCGGCUGAGGCGGCCCGGCCCGCCGUCGCCGCCCGCAGCCCUGGCCCCGCGAGCGCCCGUCGCCGAGUUGCGGGGGUCCGAGAGCGUGCCCCGAGCCGGGUACUGCCCGCCGCCGUGCCCCCCGCCCGUCUCCCCUCCUCCCCACCCGCCUCCGGGCCGGCCUCCCGGGCCGCCAGCAGCGGCGCUCAUUACCGUGUGGCCGGUGGGGUCGGGCCGGCCCGGCUGCGCGCCCUAGUGCCGCGGCGCCGCGUCCCGGCUCGUCCUCUGCUCUCGCCGCCGCCGCCGCCGCCGCCGCCGCCGCCCGCGCGCCCUCCCUCCCUCCCUCCCGGCCCGCCUGCCUGCCUCGCUCGCUCGCUCCCUCCCUCCGCUCGCUGUCGCGCUCCCUCUCUCCGCCUCCUCCGCCGGGUCCCCCCCUCCCACCCCUUCUCUCCGCCUUCCUCCUUCCCUCCCUCCGGCCGCCCGCGGGCCCAGGCCUCCGCCCGCUGCUCGCCCCCCGCGGCCGCGCUGGCCCCGGCCCCGGCGCUGCGGAGCCGGCCCGGGAGGCAGCGCCGACUGGGGGGCCCCGGGGCGCCGCGGCGGGAGCGGCCUGGGCGCGCGGCCGGUCCUAGCGCCCUCGGCCCGACUUCCCGGCCCCUGCUGCCCCGCUGGGGGUCCCCGCACGCUGCGGGACGGAGGACCAGAACCCGCGGCGCCCCGACCCCGCGCUGGGCCCGGGCACCCCGCCUCGGCCGCGCUCCGGGCCACUCCGCCGGGGGCCUGCGACAGCCCUCCCCUCCACGGGGCGCCCCGCUACCUGGCACUGCCUCUGCGCUGGGUCCCCGCAUCCAGCACUGGCCGCAGGGACAGCGGCCCCUCCUCUCCCCGGGCCGGUGUCAAGUGCCUCCCCCCUGGCAGCCCGCGGAGCCCCCGGCGGCCUUCGCCCUGCAGUUCUCCGGACCUCCACCAGAGCCCACUGCACUCUGCCUGCCUCAGCACUGGGGCUGGGGACAGCAGCGCCGGCCCAUCCGCGCCGCAACCCCCACGCCACCCGCCACCCCAGCCAGGUGCCGCCGCCGAGUGGACGCCAGUCCACUCAGCAGAGCCAAAGUCGGGGCGCCAGGCCCAUCUUAG